AUGGCGUGGAGGAGGGGCGGGGCGGUGGCCGGGUGCCCGGGAGACCGGCAGGGACGGGCACGAUGCCCGCCAGCCCUGCGAGGCAGAAAGUACCUGUCAGCGGGACCUCCGCCGUCAUCCGGGGAUUUGAAAAUGGCGGCUGCUCGGCGAUCAGCCAAUCAGCGAGCAAGAGACGGUUUCUUGGAGACGUGGAGUCCCGCCCCUCCGUCUUCGUCCUACCCCUUCCCGAGGGAGUGCCUUUCCAUUCACAUCGGUCAAGCUGGCAUCCAGAUUGGGGACUCUAGCUGGGAACUCUAUUGCCUGGAACAUGGGAUCCAGCCAGACGGAGUCAUUCUUGACAAUAAACAGGAUCAGCUGGAAAAUACUAGAAUGGAGCAUACGAAUACACCCUUUGAUACCUUCUUUUGUGAGACAAGAGCUGGGAAGCAUGUGCCCAGAGCACUCUUCAUGGACUUAGAACCAACUGUUGUGGAUGGGAUCCGGACUGGCAAGCACCGCUACCUCUUCCACCUGGAGCAGCUUGUCAGCGGCCAGGAGGAUGCUGCCAACAACUACGCAUGAGGUCACUACUCAGUGGGCUCAGAGAUCAUCGACCUCGCAGAACAGUGCAGCGGACUUCAGGGAUUUUUGAUUUUCCGAAGCUUUGGAGGAGGCACUGGAUUGGGACUCACAUCUCUCUUAAUGGAACGGCUCUCGGUAGAAUAUUGCAGGAAGACUAAGUUGGAGUUCUCUGUCUAUCCCGCCCCCCGGCUCUCCAGUGCUGUAGGCGAGCCUUAUAAUUCCAUCCUCACCACCCAUUCCACCAUUGAGCACUCAGACUGUACCUUCAUGGUGGACAAUGAGGCCAUCUAUGACAUCUGCCAUUGCAGACUCGGUGUGGAACGUCCCUCCUACGCCAGCAUUAACCGGCUGAUAGUUCAGGCAGUGUCUUGCAUCACCGCCUCCCUCCGGUUUGAAGGGCCCUUGAACGUGGAACUCAUUGAAUUCCAGACCAACCUAGUACCUUAUCCGAGGAUACACUUCCCCAUGACAACCUUCGCCCCCAUCAUCCCUGCCCACAAAGUCUACCACGAGCAGCUCUCUGUGUCCGAUAUCACCGCUGCCUGUUUUGAAUACUCCAACCUGCUGGUCAAGUGUGACCCUUGGUUUGGGAAGUACAUGGCCUGCUGCCUCCUCUACUGAGGGGAUGUGGUCCCUAAAGAUGUGAACGUGGCCAUUGUAGCCAUGAAGUCCAGGAACUCUGUUCACUUUGUGGAUUGGUGUCCAACUGGUUUCAAGGUGGGCAUCAACAAUCAGCUGCCCACAGUGAUACGAGGGGGAGACUUGGCCAAAGUCCAGCGUGUUGUGUGCAUGCUAAGCAGCACCACAGCCAUCGUGGAGGCCUGGGCCCACUUGAACCACAAGUUUGACCUCAUGUAUGCCAAGAGGGCGUUUCUGCACUGGUACAUCAGAGAAGGCAUGGAAGAAGGGGAGUUCACAGAGGCCAGGGAAGACCUGGCAGCCCUGGAGAAGGACUGCAAGGAAGUGGGGCAGAGCUUCUGA